AUGAUGAGCGCCUCGGCUUCGGCAGGGGCCGCCUUCUUGGUGGUCGUGUGCGCGGCCACUUCUGCCACGGCUGCGUUGCAGGCAGUUGUGGGAUCGAUCGCGCCUCACCGCACUCCCUCUUCCUGCAUUGUUGGCUUCUGGCUCUGCGCUUUCCAACCGGCCCGCAUACUAAGGAUGGGCAACCUUCCCACGGACGGCCCCGUCGAUGACACCAGCGCAAAACAAAGCGACGCUGACGAUUCCAUUGUCGUGGCCCCUCUGCCCGCUGGCUUGACAGCACGUGCGCCUUUCUGGCAAGUCCGACGUUCGGCGGAAUCGCAUCUGUAG